AUGCCACAGUCCAUUCACCUCCCCCCUCUGCCAUCUCUCCGUGAAAUCAUCCAUGUUUAUGGUAUUCGAGCUCAGAAACAGUUAUCUCAAAACUUUCUUUUACAAUCAUCAUCUAUAAAUGGACUAGUCAAAUGUGCAGGGAACCUUCGUGGUGCAUAUGUUCUUGAAGUUGGUCCAGGUCCUGGCGGGAUUACUCGGGCGAUUCUUCAGAAAGCUCCACGUUAUGUUGCCGUCGUGGAACUAGAUAGAAGAUUUAUUCCUGGUCUUCAGGAAUUACGGCUUGCUGCUUUCGAAAUGGGGAUCCAAAUGGAUAUAUACAGACAGGAUAUUCUAAAAUUUAAUUGUGAAGGUAUUUUUCCCAUCAGUUCUAUGACUGGUGCAGGAGCAUGGGAGGAGUCACCUGAGGUGGCAAACUCAAAUUUAUUAGAAUCUACAUCAAUAAAUCGAAAUGAAACUGCAUUAGAAAAAAUAAGUUCACCACGCUUGUGUGUGAUUGGAAACUUACCAUUCAAUAUUUCUACUCCUUUGAUUUCUCAAUGGCUUCAUGAUAUUGCUGAGCGACGAGGAAUUUGGCGAUAUGGACGAGUCCCUUUGACAUUGACUUUUCAAAAAGAAGUUGCUGAACGACUUGCUGCGGAUGUAUGGGAUGAACAGCGUUCCCGCUUAUCUGUCAUGUCACAAGCAUACUGCGACGUUAAAUACAUGAAGGAUAUUCCAGGUACUGCUUUUGUUCCUCCACCAAAAGUAGAUGUUGGUGUUGUUCGUCUAAUUCCUUUAAAACAACCGCUUAUUCCUGUGCCGUACCCGUAUGUUGAAAAAUUGGUACGUCAAGCAUUUCACUUUAGACAAAAGCAAAUAGUUCGAUGUCUUGAAACAUUGUUCCCUUCUAAUAGACCUGAACUGGUUAUUCAGUUAUUCAAAGAAGCCGGUGUGCAACCAGCCAAACAGUGUAUACAGUUGACAAUGUCAGAAUUUCGAGAUUUAUGCUCUGUAUAUCAUCGUAUUUGUCAGAUUGAACCUGAUGUAUUCGAUUUUGAUUAUCAAGCCCGAACUAAUUUACCAUUGUGGUAUAGUCGUAAGAAAAUUCAACGAGAAAUGUUAGACAGUCCAACUGGUCUUACGGCCAAUCGUGUUCGUCAAGAAAUAUAUGGAUUCACUAUUUUCAAGAGUAGUUAA